AUGGCUUUAGAUCUCAGAAUUUCAUGUCAGGGAGAACCAUCUAGGAAUGUCCCUGGGUCAGAAAACCUAGAGCAUAAGCCCAGCCAAGGACCAGCCAUUCAGGGGGAAGAGAUCUAUGAGUUCCCCAGCACUCAGCUCAGUUUAUUUCAAAACAGUAAUAACUCAUGUGCAAGGGAGGAACUGCAAAAUCUCUACAACUUAUUUCACUCAUGGCUGCAGCCAGAAAAACACAGCAAGGAUGAAAUUAUUUCUCGUUUGGUCCUGGAACAGUUUAUGAUCAAUGGCCACUGCAGUGACAGGUCCAUGUUGAAAGAGAAAUGGAAUACAAGUGGCAGAAACAUGGAGAAAUUCAUGGAAAAUCUAACUGACGAUGGCAUGAAACCACCUGGAUUAGUCCACGUCCACAUGCAGGGACAGGAAGCCCUCUUUUCUGAGAAUAUGCCCUUAAGAGAAGUCAUUGUUCAUUUCACCAAACAGUUGUCAGCAGGAACCCCAACAGGAGAGAACAUGGGGACACCGUCCUGUACUCCCCAGGAUACUUCCCUGGCAAUGGGACGAGGAGAUGAAAAUAAAGAAAAUGGUGGCAACAUUGACCAAGUAAAUGACGGUAUUACUAGUCAAGGCAAUGAAAUCCCUUCCCUGCUCAUUAUCCAGGAAGAGGGCUGUCCUAGGUGUGGAAUCUUAAGCUGGUCAAUCUGGAAUUACCUGGUCGGCACUAGUGAGGUAAUCUGCCUGAUAGAGCUCUACUGUCCCCCAAAGGAAGGUACGUGCGGCCCACUGAAGGUGAAGGGUGUGGACAGAGGACAGGGGAGCAAAGGGAAAGCCUCACAUGACCUCUGGGAACUGCCGUUUGUGUCAUAG